AUGGAAUCCGAAAAUGUGUUCGACAUAUACAGUGCCCCCGAGGCUCCUGAAGCUCCCAUGAGCAAGAAGAAAACGAGUAAGCGGCAUCCUGGGGAAAGCAGUAAAGAGCCUCCGACUAAGAAAACCCGUACUGCAGACCCUCCGGCAGACGGACCGUCAACAAAUGUAAGACCACCUCCUUCUCCUCUCGAGCAGCAAACUCCUCCUGCUCCUGUCGAGUUGACACCUUCUCCACCGGCCCCAACCGACCCGAUUCAGCAGGCUGCUCUUGCUUCCACAGGGGGCGACAUAUCGAGUCGUGCCUUAAGAUCGGUCAAAGACAGGUUGGUCAAAAUUUUGAAGCACGGACGUUGCAGAGAGGCGAUGGCUCUGAUGGAGAUGAUGGACGUCGACUAG